UUUUUUUUUUCCUGGACAACUUAAGUUUAGAAUAAAGAUGGCCUAUAUCACUCACUGUAUAUUUGACAUGGAUGGGUUGCUACUAGAUACAGAACGUGUUUAUACGGAAGUUACUCAACAGAUCUUGGACAAAUAUGCUAAUGGUGUAAAAUUUACUUGGGAUGUGAAAAGCCAGUUAAUGGGUCGUUCGGGUGACGAGUCAGCUAGAAUGGUAGUGGAUACCUAUAAACUACCUAUGACCAUUCAAGAAUACCUCGAUAUGACCGCCAUUAUUCAAGAGGCUUUAUUUCCUAAAGCAAAACUCAUGCCGGGUGUAGAAAAGCUAAUCAAGCACUUAAAACAGCAUGAUAUACCUAUUGCCGUCGCUACUUCCUCUACACGAGCAAAAUUUGAAUUGAAGACUUCGCUAAACAAAGAGAUCUUUGACCUGUUUGACGUAAUUAUAUGUGGUGAUGACCCCGAGAUCAAAAAUGCCAAACCCUCUCCCGAUCUCUUUUUGGCAGCUCAGAAACACUUAGGAAACCCACCUGCCGAGAAUUGUUUAGUAUUUGAAGAUGCUGUGAAUGGUAUUCAGGCUGGUUUAAAUGCGAAAAUGAAUGUUGUAUGGAUUCCUGAUGAGAAUAUUAAAGCAUUGACUGGUGAAGAUACGCAUGGUGCACAUUGUGUCUUAAAUUCUAUGGAAGAUUUCAGCCCAGAGGCAUUUUCCUUGCCACCAUUUAAUGAAUAAAGCCCAUGAGUGUAUAUAAAUUGAUUUAAUGCGUAGAAGUCGAACUGGAAAUGAUUAGUGCUUGUUUUGCUGUGUAAUUAAAUGUAUGGAAGCAAGAUACAGUCUUAAAUCACGUCUGAACAUCUCGAGAUCGUUUAAUUUAUAGAUUCUGCGGCUGUAAAAGGUUGUUGGACCUCUAGAUUGCUUAAGCUCGUAGAAAAAGUAUAACUCUCGCAGCUAGUUUACCAUUUUUCAGUUAUCUUUACUUACAAUGUAAACAAGCUUGUCUUGAAAUGAAGCAUCGUAUUUCAAUUAUAUAAAGAAAGUUCUUUCUUUUACCCCCAUUAGUUCAGAUUUUAUAAAGGAAGGCUUUGUAUUUUACCAUCUAUUAAGAAAGAAUGAACAUGCUAUUUUAAUAGUACAAUCCGAAGCGAAUCGAUACCGUGUACAAUAUAAGCG